AUUGUUCUUGCAUUGAGAUAAUAUAUUGCAUUACAUACAUAUUAGUAUAUUACAAUAUAGGUAUUCCAAUAUGAAUUUCUCGUUGAAGUAUAUGAAAUUAKUAGUGGCGUUAUUCUUACUUCUUUGUUGUUUUGAACCAGCUGUUGAAGCUAAACAAAUAAUUAAAAGCGAUUUUAAAUCAGGYCAAUACAAUGAUAUUCAAAUCAAUCAACAGAAGGUUCCAUCAGGAGCUCUCGUUUAUUUUUGGCCAAGACAUAGAACUACAACACUUAGUGCAAAUACAACUGUUAUACAAACUAAAUCAACAACGUAUCCUUCUAAUUCAACAAGUGAAAAAUGGAAUUCAACUACUAUGGAUCCUCAAUCGACAACAAAAUUUUCGAAUUCAACUAACGAACAAUGGAAUUCAACUACUAUAGCUUCUCAAUCUACUACAUAUGUUUGGAAUACAACUACUAAACAAUGGAAUACAACUACUAUAGCUCCUCAAUCAACUACAUAUGUYUGGAAUACGACUACUAAACAAUGGAACACAACUACUGUGGAUCAUCAAAGAACAACAAAUUCUUCAAAUUCAACUAGGGAACAAUAGAAUACAACUACUAUAGCUCCUCAAUCAACUACAUAUCUUUGGAAUACGAAUACUGAAUAAUGGAACACAACUACGGUGGAUCAUCAAACAACAACAAAUUCUUGGAAUUCAACUUGGGAACAAUGGAAUACAAAUACUAUAGCUCCUCAAUCGACAGRUGAACAGACCCAUUACCAUCAUMAUUUUUAAAGRGUCAUUUUCUAUUAUUGAAGGAAAUUCCUGAUAAUUAUAUAWUUGACUAAUAGGUAGCCAGAAAAUGAAUGAUUUUUUUAUUUCAUGCAAUGUUUACCACACAAACUAAUAAACUUAUACUUAUUAAUAAAUAAAUUAUU